AUACAAUAUUUAUUAUUAUUUUUGUAUUUGAACAAAAUAAUUAAAUUUACACUUAUUCACUCUUAUUACAGAGAUGUUUCGUAAAAUCAAAUUGCAACUCGUUUGUCAAAAUUAAAGUUUGAGAGUGUAUUCAGACACUCAGUAACUAUAUUGAACUCUCAUUUUUUUUUGUUGACUUAUUUUAAGUUAUAAUCUUGUUUACAUUAUUUUUAUUAAAACCAUCCCUUUAAUCAUAUCUAUUUGAAGAAAUAUGAUUUCAACCAUUGAUGCUAAGUUUGGAGAUCUCUCUACCUUUCAUCUCCAAGUUAUAGAAUGCAUAUAUUUCCUGCAAUUAUCACAUAAAAUAAAAUACAUUCCGUAUUAAACAAGCGAUUCAGAACUAAUUACUCAAGAAAUCACAUUGGGAUAGAACCAUCUCUGAUCAUCUGAGUAGCAAAUCAAUAUUUGAACACCAGUUUUAGUAAGAAUAGGUUAUACUGUAGCUAAGCCUGAAGGCACAAUGUACUAUACUGUGCUUUUGACAUAAAGGUAAAUAAGGAGAAUCCAAAACAACAUUAAUUUUUAAAAUUACAAUGCAUUUUUCAGGGAAGUACCUUGCUUCUCUUAUGGUUCCAAGUUAACUGUGAAACUUCUUCUUCAGUUGAGGCUGGCCAACCCUAAAUUUACAAUACAUUUUUAUUCCAAACUUGUAUGGUUGCAUGCUUUCUUGAGCCCAACAAUCCCUACUCGCACUCCUUGUACCAACAUUAGUUGAAUUAAUAAUAAAUGAUAAUGAAAAUUUUGACAAAAUGAACAAAAAUGUUCACUCCAAUAUUAGGAACCAUUUUGUCCCCAUCGAAAAUGAGCUACAGAUUUGAUGUAAUAGUCAGACCAUGAAAAUAACCUAACUGCCACUCCUUGUGAAGUUAACGAAAAAAGGCUCAAGAAAACGUGUGUGGAAAUAUGUUCCCAUCCUCUUCAUUCUUUCUGCAGAACUUGCAAAUUGAGUGACUGGUUUAAGUCCUGGCAAUUCAUUUUCUAACAAAACUCCUGGGUGAGAAUCGGUAAAUUAAAUGAAAAAAGACACACUGGCGUACUAAGUGAAGUAUAUUUUCCUUCAACUGUUUGUGAGGUACAGAGACAUCAAAGAACAUAAGGAAUGAUUUUCAGCAUUAUUGUAUUUAACAAAAACAAACAUUAUAUCAUGAAAUCACAGACCUCUAUCAAAAUUUGCUUUAUUAGCUUUGAUUCUAGUAAUUCGUUCAACAGAUUUCAAUGCUGCAUCAUGAAUUUUUUUUUCAAGUUUAUAUAUCUUAUGCUUACCCUGAAUAGGAAAUUUUGUGGGUAAUUCAUUAGCAUCUUCACAAAUGAAAACGAAAGGACUAUCACUUUCACCAUCGGGAAACCUAUUUCUGUAUUCCUCUUGUGGAAGACAAUCUGUUACACUCACAUAACCUAAAAGACAACUAGUGGGAUAAUGGGAGGGAAAUUUAACAUCUUUACCUUUUAGUACUCUAUAGCUUUGUUCAAGUUGCUUCACCUCUAGCAAGUCAGGUGGCUUUGCAGUUGCAGCAAUCCACAAUCUACCUCUAUGUGAAUGAUACCAAACACGCCCUUCAUGCAGUUUAAUUCCAUUUACUAAUAGAGAUGCCCAUGGCUGAUGCAUACUUAAACAGAAACCUUCAUCACUCAUUUCCAAAUAUUCUUUGUCCUGUACACGACUGACUGUCACACGAUUCUUGCUACCAUCAGCAACUGAUACUUUUGAAUUUUUUUGUUCUUGAAAGAUUGGCUUCUCACAUGUAAUUCUGGGAUGGAGAGUUGAAUCCCAGUUUCUUCCUUGAGCAUCUGAUGGCAUAUUAGCAGCCAACUGAUUUUGAAGUAGUUCAGUUAGAUCCGUAAUUUCUGCACUAUCAUAUUCUUCCAAAACUUGUCGACCUGCAAAAUCCAAAGUGACAGUUUUAGACAAUCUAGAUGCAUGGCGUUUGGCAUGUUGUUGUUCUUCCACCUUUUUAAGUGUUUCUCUCUCUUUUUGUGACAACCAAACAGAAUUCAGAGAAUAAUAAUCACUUUCAUCAUCAAUAACCUUUGUUCUCUUUUCACUUGUUUGAUCAUAUUCUAGCAACUUAUUUCUUUGUCUAAGAGCUGCAUCUAAACCAAAUUUGUCCUGGGACAUCAAUUUUUUAUACAAUUCUUCGCCUUUUUUGGAAGAAGUUGAAAUCAGUUUCUUUUCUUCUGGUGUACAAACGACAUUGCCACAAAAGAAACAUGGGCCAGACCCUUCUUGUUCACACACAAUUCGGCCACAUUCUAAACAAUUAUUUAUCAACUUAUGUUUUGUGGCCUGGCAAUCACAGUGGUGACGACCUUUCAACAUGACAGUGUCUCUCAUUUUUCCAUCUUGCGAAUACAAGUUCACAAAUUUGGAUUUUUUCUUUUUCUCUUUUUCUUCUUGAUUUUGAUUCGGUGUCUGGUCUUUUUGGGAACUACUUGGAUCUAGAGAAUGACCUUUAUUUUUUUUCUUUUUCUCACUUUGGCCUAGAUGAAAAUACACGUCUUCUACAUUUGGUUUCUUAUAACCUUGCACAUCACCUGUUGAACUUGUAAAAACUCCUGAAUGUCGCUUUUGCUGCAGUAAUUCUUGAUAGAAGAGGCGAUGUCUUGGUUGAUUAAAAUUAAGUAAAUUUCUUAAAUAUUCUUCCAAAUCUCUGCUGUUUUCAAUAGAUACUAUGUAUUCAGUUAAAUCUUGUGGCACUGGGAAGUCAAGAAGUUCGGAAAGACGCAUUUUAACCCAAUCUGACAACCCCAUCUUCGGGUAUAAUCACUAUACAAUAUACAACAGAAAAAGGGCAGCUAUGAUCCGACAAAUAUUCAAUAGGCUUGAGUAGUUUUGGACCUAUAUGAGUACAUGUGCUGACGUCCAGACAGUACACAAGCAACAGCUGAAGAACAGACACACGAUGAGCAGCGGUGAGCGGGGAGACGGAGACACAGGUGUAGAUUCAAUCAGAUCAGAAUGAUGACGUCGCCUACAUUUCGAUUGACAGUUCGAAAGACAGUUGAAAGGAGCCAUGCGAAUCAAAAAAAUGGGCCUCUUAACUGAUCCGGGUGCAGGCCGUGGUAAAUUGACCAUGAUGUUAGAAACCCAUCACGGGAGAUUGUGUAUAGUUUUGUAUUUGUGUGGCGUAAUUUAUUUUGCUCUUCUAGCUCAUGAACAUUUCAGUGCAGCUACUUACUUUUCGGAGAAUGCUCUCUUACCAGGUUUAGUAGAGAGUGAGUAUGAUGAAGAUCAUUCUGCAAAGAAAUUUCUUGUAGAAUUGAAAGAUGAGGGAUCACGUUAUCCUGAUUCUAUUCCUUACUCAUGGCUAUUGGCUAAAUUUGGCCAGAUGGGCCUUGAAACAUACACCCAUAACUUUACAUUGGAAUACCCACUGGGCCCUGGAUCUCAAUACCGGGGAAAGAAUGUGUAUGCAAUUUUGCGAGCUCCGCGAGGGGCCAGUACAGAAGCUGUGGUUCUCAGUACUCCAUAUAGGCCUCCAAGCAGUGCUCAUCCAACUACUCACCCUGGAAUUGCAUUGCUGUUAUCAUUAGCCAAGUUCUUUCGACGUCAAAAGUACUGGGCCAAAGAUUUAAUCUUCCUAGUGACUGAGCAUGAGCAGCUUGGCACUCAAGCAUGGGUGGAGGCCUAUCACCAAGCUUCCUCUGGUCAUCCAGGGGUGCUGAGGCACGGGGAUUUGCCUGCUCGAGCUGGUGCCAUUCAAGCUGCAGUGAAUCUCGAGUUGCGUUCCGACCGAAUUUCACACAUUGAUGUCAAAGUAGAAGGAUUAAAUGGGCAGCUUCCUAAUCUUGAUCUAGUCAACUUGGUUCAUCGCUUAUGUGCUAUGGAGUCUGUGCGACAUACCUUUAAAAAUAGGGAUAAUGCAAAUUAUGCUGAUCCAUGGCGACAGUGGUCAUACUCUUUUCGUACAAUGAUGUCCAUGGUUUUCACUCAGGCUACUGGCAUGACAAAUGGGAACCAUGGACUUUUCCAUCGCUUUGGAAUAGAGGCUGUCACUUUAGAAGGUUUUGAACGGCGCACUGCAGGAGGUCCUCCAAUGUUCUAUCAAAUGGGAAGAGUUGUGGAAGGAAUAUGCCGAUCUCUGAACAAUCUAUUAGAAAGAUUCCACCAAUCUUUUUUCUUUUAUCUGUUAUCUGCCACAGAUCGAUACAUUUCUAUAGGAGCAUACAUGCCAUCAUUAGGUCUCAUGUGUGGGGCUUUGCUCAUACGAGCUUUUUCUUUGUGGCUGCGUAUGAGCAGUGAAGAGUCUGCUCAAGCUUCUAAUCAUGAAUCUAAUGAGUCUAAAGAUGAGGAUGAGCUAACUAAGGAAGUUGAUCAAAAAGAAGGAAAUAUUAAUGAUGACAAAUUUGUAGAUGAAAAGAUUGAAGAUUCAACGGAAAUCUCAGAAAAGGAAGAAAGUACCAUAUCUGAUGUGAAAGAAAAGUUGGGACUACAUGGUGGUCCAGUUCUAGUUGUUGUUGGAGGACUUGUAUUAACAGCCCAUGUGUUGGGAGUAAUGGCUGUGAACUUACCUGUCUUUGUCACUCGUUUUGCUGUUGCAACAUGGAAUAUACCUACUGUGGAUUGUGUAUGGAUAGGCAGUAUUGUAUUCUCAGUAUUGCUUGUUGGAGCUGCUACAAUAAUUGCCAGGAUGGUUGCUAUCAAUCCAGAUGUCCCAAUACUGCUUAAUAUUGCUGCUCUCUUGGAAUUAGCCACUUUACUUUUGGCUGUAGCCAUGCAUAACUUUUCUCUUGCAUUGGUGUGUGGAAUGCUCUGCACACCCAUUGCUCUAGGUAUUGGAACUUUUAAGAGAUGGUGGCUGCGUGGGGCAGUGAGAAUUCUGUGGCUAUUAGUACAUCCUCUUUCUCUUCUUUCAUUGGCCGUUCUUUUGGCAGCUCGCACUAACUUUCCUGAGGAAAGUCUCAUGGGCCUCCUGAGUCGAACAAACCUCGCUGCUCGCCAAGCAUUGUUACUAACUGUCGUAGAUAGUCUAGUGUACGGAAGCUGGGCUUUCAAUGUGGCUGCUGGAACAUUUUUACCUACAUGGCUGCUCUUGUGGGUGGCAUCAUAGUGUUUUUCUAAAGAGAAAUGUUUCAGUGUGAGACAAUCAAUUCAGUUAGUCAAGAUGGGCAUAAUUUUUCUCUUUGCAUCAGUAUUAAAGAAUGAAAUAUGAGAAUAAGAAAUGUUGUUAAGCAAUCUGAAAUAUCCCAGUGAAGAUGAUAAUUGUCUUUUAAAUUUAGCUUCCACCUUUAUAUAUUUUAUGUGACAGUUUCCUGUCAAAUACUUGUUGUGUAAGCAACAAUGGGAUUAAACUUUUUUAGCAACGGCAUUAAGCUAGUUCAUUUGUGACACAUCAUAAUUUCUCGUGUGAGUGCUCACUAUUUAGUUCUAUAGUGACCUGUUUUUGAUGAUUGUUGAAAAUUUUCAUUCCUUCAUUUGCAUUUUCAUUGUACAUAUUACUUAUAAAACUAGUUAUCACAAUUUCUUGAGAUAGUUUUGAUAUCUGGAACUCUUAUUUGCUGUAUUUUAUAAUACUGACUGUUAAUAAAUAUUGAGCAGAUGAAUGUGUGUAAUUUGAAGAAUUGUAAAUAAAUACUAGGUUUCAAAAAUUGAAUCAAUAAAAAAAUGUUUGAAGAAUUUGUUUUUUUUUAACUUUUGGAGAGAAUAUGAAAGAUAUACAUCCAUGCCUUCUGCCCCUCCUAUUUUUUUAACUUUCUCGCCCUUCGUACUUUCUAAUGUACUGCCUAAGAAGCAGGGGGGAGGGGGGG